AGGCACCUCAGUCGACGUGUGACCUUCUAUCAGGGCUACGGGGCACCGUGGACGUCACACGCUGAAUCGUCUUCGUGGUGGCCGCGGUUCGAUCGCCGAUUCCCUCGGGAGAGAUAAGAGCCGAGGGCGCGGAGAGUUUUCGCAUGGGGCUGUGAGUGAUCAGAAUUCUGCCGAGACCACCGUCGUGGAGACGACGACUGCGAGAACCGUUCAUGACUUUGGUCCCGUCGAUCGGUCAAGAUACGGGGAGAAGGAUGCAGUUCAGUUCGUGCACACUGGUGCUGGCCCUAGCCUGCGUGGCAGGCACGUCCUCGGAAUACUUGAUGGGUGGUCACAUGGACAAUAAUCCACCUAAGUCUAUACUGGAAGAGAUCGAAUCUUCUCCGGCUUUGGCAAGAACGUCGCAACUGGAUGACCUUGACCUGGAUCUCGACGCAGAGGAGAGCACCGUUGCCCUGUCGACGACGAACGAAGAAGAUCCUUUGCGUUAUCACCUUCCGUACCCUUUCGCCUUCAACGGCGGCAGACCGUUCUCGUUAGAGAAGGACCCUAUCACCGGCAAGAUUGAUUUUGAGAAAGCACCACCUGUGAAAGCUUUAAAUUACACCACUCGUUACCAAGAGCAUGCGAACGACGACGCACAGGUCAACAAAGAUUUUUCCAAAGAGCCUACCACUUAUUUAAAGAAGAAGAUUGAGAACAAGGAGACCGUGGACGUCAGCCCUAACGAGAUCAAUCCCUAUUCGCCAAAUUUUCAUGAUUUUCUUAAUCUGCCUGUUCAUUAUUCGUCCGACGUGUAUGGCAAAGACAAGUAUCCGUUGAUAUCCAGUUCGUAUGCGAACACCAAGGUCCAAAGUGGCUCGAACAGCUAUAGUACCUACAAUCAUAAACCUUAUCAUGGAGAAACUGUCCUCUAUUAUCCAACUAGAAAGCCGUAUGUGCCGAAAAUAUCUACAUCGACAACGACCAUGGCUCCUAGAACCACAACAUUGUCUAAUACUCCUGCUAGUACCACUACCACCACCACUACCACCACAACCACUACAACGACUCCUAGACCGCCGAUAACUACAACUACUAGCACUACUACCACUAUUACUACACCUCCCCCGCCACGAACCACCGUUGUUUCCACAUCUACAAAAGCACCCACGAUAACCACAUGGAAGCCUUCGAUCACUACUCCUAAGCGAUACAUUGAUCACUUGGAUGAUUAUGAAGAUAUUCUGCCAAUAGAGAAGCUACAGGCCUCUAUGUAUAAUAAUAAUCAUCAGCAAGGACAAAACAACAUAGUUCAUAAUAGAGAUUCAGUGAAACCUCCUGUACACCAUGAUGAUUAUAUAGAUGGUUACGAGGAUUAUGAGAUCAGCGAAGAAGACAUGAAGGACUACAGUUCAGCGAAGGAAUCGACGAAUGAUAUUGUUACGACUAGCACUUUGUCUGCUACAGUGCCAACUGUACAUAACAUAUCAGUGACUGCUGGAACACCAGAGACUACUACAAUUACAACAACAACCACGUCUAUGCCACCAUCGGCGGCACCACCCUCUAUUUUCACGAUUUCUUCGCCAAUGCCUCAAGAGAGUACAUACCAAAGUAAUUCCUUGGCAUUCCAACCGCGGCCACAGCGUCCAGUGACUUCGAUGCCUUUGGACAAUGAUCUCAGGAUCCCGAUAACUUUUGAAAAUGACCACAGAAGGCAAGGCGUGGCAGACAAUGUUAUCAUUAAUCAAGGCUACAGGCCAAAUCCAAUCAUUAAUCAAAGGCCAAAUGGCUUAGGUGGAAUCUUGGUGGAGAGUACCAGUAACAUUGUCAUACCACCUGAUCAAGACACAGUGUCUUUUGUGCUUGGCAACAGGCAAAAUGUCGAAGGUGGUUACUAUUCGUUAGGAACGGCGAUUGGAGAGAAUCUUUAUGGUGGUUCGACGGGAGUAGACGCUUCCUUCAGGCCCCAGUAUAGUCCAUCGAUUGAUAAGGGCAAUUACGAGCCACAAGUCCAUCAGGGAAGCAUCGGGCUACCUUCGGUGUCCAUAACUGAUAAUAAUCCUAUUUACGCCGCUCAAACGUGGAGACAACCAAAUCCUUCUGCUCCACAAAAAGCCAACAAUGAAGUAGAACCAUCAAGAACUCAGGGUACAGUUGUAAAAAGUACGGUGCUCAUGGAACAGGCAGACGACAAGAAAGAUGACAAAAAUGUCAACUAUGUUGUUUUUCCUAAAGACGAACCCAAACAACCUGUAGAAGAACACAUCGUGGUUAUAAACGAGGCCGACGGAACUGUACACGAGAUUAUACCUUCUUCUACUACGAAUAAACCUAUCAGAGUAGAGUUACCUGCAUCCGACGAAGAACAUUUACCUCAGCUUUCAGAGAAUUUGACUCCACCGGCGGAAAGACCGAGACCUCCAUCCCAGUUCUAUUAUCAUUAUCAUCAUGGCGGUACAGUAAGGCCUGAUCAUCCAAGGCCGCAAAGGCUACCAUUGCGUGGGAAGCAACCGUCGAUGCCUCCUCCUUCCGACCUAGCAAUAAGGAGACGACCUUAUCCUGACUCUAACUUGCCAAAUAUUUUGCCACAGUUCAGACCAAACGCGAAAACAUCUCAUGGACACCGUGGCUCGGAAUCUAUUGGUACUAUUCCAGCUGGACAAGCUUACCCUACUAGGGUAAGGCAACCUGUGCAGGUCCAUCCUCCUACAAGGAGACCUUUACCUCCACCACCGUCUUAUCUUCAGAGACUCAAUCCUCCACCGCCACCGAUUCAUGCACUUAGAGUUGCGGGUGCAGCUUCCACAAAAUCUGAGAGUAUCGUUCCGCCUAGGGAUCCGGAGUCCACGGUCAAGAGAUUUCGUCUCCCAGCGGUAUCAGCCACCUCUAGAGGGGAUGAGGAGGUCAAAUCACUUCAGAGAUUGUCCAGUCAGAAAUUGCGGUUGGAAGAGGAGGAGAGAUCGGAACGUUACUCGGAAGAACCUCCCCAGGUGCCACCCAGGCCGCCUUUGUUUCCAAAACGUAGAACGGCCGACUCGCCGCAUGUUGCCACCCUUCAAAUGAUUCAACAACAUGGAACAUUCGAGGAAGAUAACGCAGAAUUGUCAAGCCAACCACCUAGUGCUCCAAGCGUGAACGAUGAAUCGGACGAGAUUGUGAUCGACCAAGAGGCAGACAGAAGGAAGUUUGAUACAAGGAAGACAAUGGCCGAGCCUCCGGUUUACGUAGUAUACCCUGUGAAUACUGCAGUUAAUAUACACCCUGACGAUUCCAGAGAGAAAGAUGAAAGUGUGGUUGUAGGAACUCGUGGUCCUCACAGACCUCUUCCACCAGAAACGCUUCUCCAGGACAACGAAGAACAGGAAAUGGACGAAGAACAGAGUCCUCCAAUUCAUAGUUUAUUCAGUGGACGACCCGUCGUUUCGGACUUCCCUUAUCCGUUAGAGCGACCUGAUCCUUCUAUUCUUGCGAAUGGGAUGAGGGAGACCCCUAUAUUGGUUCCUAGUGAUCAGCGCCAGGAGGAAGAAUCUGUAAAAGAGAACAGCGAAGAGAAGGAUGACAAAGAUUCUAGCGUGAAUGUUAUACCCUAUUUACAGGACUUCCUUCCCUUCCCGGCAAGGAAGAACGAUGUCAUCUCAGCGACACUUCAUAGGCUACCAUCUUCGCCAUCUUCUACGCCUAUUGCCUUUGUCUAUACGCCAACAGCUCAUGCCUCUCAUCGUCUUGACAUUGAUGUACGAGACGAAGACAGCUCGAAGACUGAUAGUAACGAACAGAAGCCGGUUUUGUUGCCUUCACAACAGCCAUCCAGUUCCUCCAGUUCGGCGCCUUCUCCGCAAAAUUUCAUGGCACCGUUUGUUGCUAGUGUCAGCGCCGAGGCACCCUCUAAGAAUGGCUGGAGCGUUGUCGUCGUAGAACCCACUUUAAAUAGAAAAUCGGAUGAUGAUCACGACUCUUCUGAAAAUACUUCUAAUGCAGAGGAGACGCAGACAGAGAAGAACGAAUUCGAUCCAGAGAACUUCAAGCCUCAGUUAUUCGGCGGGUUCAAACCAAUUUACGAGUUUCCUACGGAAGACGUAGACAGGCUAGAGCGAAGGGAGCCCAGUGAAGUGAAUUCAGAGGCGCAAGUUCAGGAGUCUACUGGUCCAGUUGUUUGAUGAAGGAAUAGGUUUAAUGACUAGAAAAUAUGCUAUUUAAAUGAGAAUACCUAAGUUUCGAGUAUUUUGUUGUCACGGCGUCCCUUUUGGCAUUAUCAGCCUCUGACUCAGAAAAUAAGGUUUUGAUAGAUAUAUCAUAAACAAUUUUUGGAGUACAAGGGUCUGCAUUAGUAUGUGUGAUGUAUAAAAGGAUAAUGCUAAUUGGAACGCUUAAAAGCAAGAAAAAAAUGGAAGAGAAACUAAAUAUCUCGAAACUUCGCGCGUUGGUGAUUGGGAAGGUUUGUUGUCUUCGCGGGGAUCAAAGUUAAUUAUACAAGUCUGAAUGUCAAGCAUUUUUUGAAAAAUCAAACUGAUUGAAUUGAGACAGAACGAUUAAAUGUAACGCGGCGCAAGUUAUUCGAUUAGACUAAACAUUGGUUACUAAAACGAAAAUGAGCCAUUGGAACUAUGCACAUAAUUUGAUAUGACACAGUGUAACAAACUUGAGUUGGAUUCAACAUUAUGUGAACAAUAAGAAAUAUUCUUAUAUGAUAAUACUUGCACCUCUUUGCAUGUAAUCGUCUUUAACGUAACCGAAAACGCUGCAAAUAAUUAUCAUACCAAGAAAUCGUUAUAUUUACAUUAAUUCAUCUGCUUUAAUCAUAGGAUACAUAAUAAUUUAUAAAACAUCAUCCAAGUACACGUUGUCAUUUUUUUGUACAUGUCAAUUCGUAUUUAUACGUUACACAUUUUCGCGUGUUAGCAAGCGCGAACGAUGUAAAUUAAACUAUUUAUUUUAUUGCAAACUUGUUGACGAUUGCACUUAUAUAAUAAGUAUUCAUGCAAUAAAUCAUUCUUAAAUUA